CCAUGUCACCGAGUCGUAAGAGCAACAUCAAAACGUUCAAUAAUAACAAUACAGCAUGUGAAAAGUAAUAAACUAAUAAUUCACUUUUUACAAUUUUAAAUCGUUUACCUAAGUGAAAGUUAUAAUUAGCUGUUAGUUUGCAUUUUAAACAUGUCGUUAAACCCUUUAAACGAGCUCAAGCGUCGGCUGGACGAUGAAAAAACACCUUUGCCAAAAAGAUUGUGUUUGGCAAAAAAUGUGGUGCAAUCACAUCACUUCCCGACUGCACCUAAAGAGAGGAUUGUGGCUGAAUGGCUUUGUACCUUGACCUCAAGAAAUAAGCUAAGCAGUGAAGAGUUGAAGAGUAUACUCAAUUGGUUAUCUAUGGUUGACGAUUUGACAAGUGAAUUAAAAAGUAAAUUGAUACAGAUUGUAUCAGAAUUCACACAGAGGAACCCAUUACAAGCAGAAGAGUUACAAUACAUAACAACAUUCCUAGAGAACCCCAAAAUUGCUCCGCAGUUGAGCUUACAGACAGAUGAAUAUCUCACAAUAACAAUAACUCUACUACAACAUCUAAAGAAUGACAAUAAUAUGCAAAUGAGUCAGAAAAUUCUAAAUAACUUCAUAAAAUAUUACCGAGAAUCAAAAAAGAAAUUGGAUUUCAUCACAAAGUUGUUAAACGGAGAAAACUUGGAAACUAUAUUCAGUUUUCUUGAUACAGAUUGCCGUAAAACUGCCAUAGAUGUAUGCCAGAAUGUAUUGUUUCCCAUAAAUAAGAAGUCCUACUUCAUCAGCUUCUUACAAACAUUAAUAAGGAAAGAUAAUUUAGAUGAACUGAUUGCGGAGAAAGGCGAUAAUAUACAGUCCGUCAUCAAAAUAAUGAACACUUUCUUUGAAUUUCCAAAAAAUCGUUCUGAAAAUGAUACAAAGUUUUUACACAAUUUCAUUGACGUCUUUGUCAGCUCGUUCCAAAAAGAAAAUCAAAUUAUAUUCGCCUUUUACAUUAUGGUCGCUAAUGUUUUGAAUAUGGAACAGAGUUUUAUUGUACCAGCAAUGAAUUUACCAUCGAUUUUACAAGAUGAUGCAAAAACUAAACGAGUAUUAUUUUUAAAUAUGUUGGAAGUUUUGUUGCGUAAUGAGAUUGAUAUAAAUGUACGUCUCACAGACACAUUUGGUGCGAAAAUAUCAAAGGUUGAGAUCAAAAAGAAUUUUACUUCUUUCCUUCAAGCUUUAAUGAUGGGGCAGUUAAAAUUGGAAGGGAAACUGGACAAGACUACAUUGCAAAUAAUAAAAAUAGCUCUGAAACUAGACCCCGUGUUAAUCGAACAGAAAAUCGACACAAUUUUACCACCAAUAAUGACUGCAAAGAAAAAUAGUACAAGUUUAUUAGAAUCUUACAUUGAAACAAUAAACUGUUUACUAGAAAUACUCUUCAAAUUAAGUAGAGGUACAACAUUCUUAAACCAAAUCCUACCAUCGGUAAAAAAAAUUUUGGAAGAUGACAACACUGAGCAAUUUGAAUUAAAACAGAAAGUAUUAGAGGCAAAACAAAAUGGCGUCGAUUGCGAGAAAAUGGAGGGAAAAAUUAUACUAGGUUCUGAUCUAUUUCCACAAGAAUGUGUGACUUUGUAUGGGAAAUUAACUUCAGAGCUAAUGUUUAGACAGAAUAAGGAACUUUUGGAAUUAUUGCAAAAAGAUUUCGAAGUACAUUGCUUGAUGAUGUUGGAAGAAGGAUUUGUCAGUCCGUCAAUAAUAACUCUUACUGAAGUACUGUCGGCCAUUUUGUCUUCCUUUCUACUACAGAACAAAAUGGCGGACCACACAGUCCCCCUAAACGUAGCUGAAGGGUUCUGGAACAUGUAUUCUAAAUUCGAAACUGAGUGCAUCGCUAAAUUUGGGAUGUGCGUUUUGAAACUUAGUUAUAACCCUCCUUUAGUAAUAUCAUUUCUGAAACUAUGUCAAAGUUUUGCUCAACUGAAAUUGUUGAACAUAAAGUAUAGUAAUGUAAAACUGGACAUAUCGCCUGGCGGUAAUACAUCGGAAGUUUUUGACUUAUGCAUGUUAUUACCUUGCUUGAAUAGUCAGCAAUGGACAGCACUCGCACAGAAGAUUCAGGAUGAUGAAGCUGUUAUAUUUUUGGACAACCUACUCUUGGCGAAAACAUUGGCCCUCCAAUUAUUAUCAAUAAGCAACCAACAGGAAUAUCCAACUAUUACCUCAACGAAAACACAUUUGAUCAAACAAAUUAAUGCCAACCCAACUCUGCUACAAGACACGUAUUUCUGCAAAGCAUUAUUCACUGGAUUAGAGAAAGCACACGUAAAAACAUUGGCCAAAUGUUUGAUCAAACUUUGCUUGGAUAACUCUGACUUAGAUGUAUUAACUAUCGAUGCAGUAGCAAACAAUAGAGAAUUGCUAAACAUGUUGGUGUUGGAAACAGCCAAAAAUAUAGCAAAAUCCUUUGAAAACGGCGAUUCUUUCAGCAAACUAUUGGGCAAAUCUGACUUCAAUAUCAUUUCUUAUGCCAAAGAAGUACCCUUAAUAGAAUACUUCAAUGAUAUAUCUAUAAAUCCUGAAAUGCAAGAUACACUGAAAAACUCAAUAAAUAUCUUCAAGCAAUUACCAAUUCAUAACUUAGAAGAAAACUACCAAUUGGUAGCAAUUUUUGUUAUGCUGGCAAUAAAAAAAUGUUCAACUGUCAAAAAACUGAAACGCAGUGUAGAUUAUGUACUGCAAAGUAUAUACGAAUUGAGUUUACAGAGACCAGAUUUGUACCAAUUAUUCCCAGCUGAUAACAUAUUUAACUUCAAAGACAAUACUUUAUUAGAAUUGCUGACAUUGAAAAUCAAAACGCCCAAUACUUUACUUAUAAUCAAAAGUCUGCUAGAAUUAGCCGUGAAAAAGGUUCGGAUAGAUAGUGAUCAAGUCAAAAAUAUAGUUGAAAAACUAUUGAAAAAGAAUAAGAAGUCUAAUUCUGAUAUAGAAGCAUUUAACGAUCCUGUGUUCCAAAUCACCUGUCUCAUUCUGCCUUCAAUAGUAAAGCAGAAAAAAGCUAUAACUGCAAGUGCAUUCCGAUCAAUACUAGCAGACUUACAAGAAAAACUUCACAAAUCUCUGCUAGAAUCUUUUAAAAACAUUGAUUUUGGUAAUAGUAGUUUUUCACUAAACGAUACUGGUAACACUGAAGAUAGUGUGGUGCAAUCAGAGAGUAGUGUGGCAACAUUAAACGCUAUGGUUGCGUAUUCGUUAACACUUUCGAGGUACUCCGAAAACGCUGAUGGAGAGGAUGCGAAAAAUUUGGACUGUUUAUUAACCGCACUGGAGUUCUUUAUUCAAAAUGCUAUAAAAACAAUAGAAAAUGCCGAUUCGAAACCACAGCACAUAGACUCAGCGAUUCAACUAUUAAACGUUGUACUGCGGCGUAUGAAGAAACUUGAAACCCACUCAAUUUUCCAAGAGAAAGAUAAUUUGUUCCUUCAAAUGUGGCGUAGUAUUAAAGCAAGGUUACUUCUAGAACAGGAAAAGAAAGUUAUAAGUGGUAGUAGUUAUGAAGAAAUCGGCACUACGCUGAAGUUGCUGUGCGAACUGUCGUCGGUCGAAUGCUUCGUAACGAAUUUCGUUGGUGAUCUUAAUAAUUUGGUUAUUUUGAAGAAACCCUCGCAACAAAAAGACAACAGCGCUGAGAUCAAAUCUCGAAAAGUUUUCAAAUUCUUAUGGUCGCAGUGUCUUAAAGCAAAUAUCGUAGGUCCCAAAUGUGUUGCCAUGUCAAAAUUAAUGUGUCGCACUUGUAAGAAUUUGAGAAAUUGGAUGAGGCAACACUAUGACUUCGAAGACAGUGUUGCAAGAAUCAAUGAAGAUAUUCCUACCGAAGAUUUAAUUGUGAAAGUUAUAAAAGUAGAUGAUGAUAUUUGUGAAAUUGUUAGAUUGGAUUUGGAUGCUUUGUCAGAACUGCUUUUGGCAGCCAAAAAGAUAUCCCUAGACUAUAGUUUCGUCGACGUCACUUUUGAAGUACAACAUCUAAUACACUAUGUACUUAGUACUAAAACUAAUUUGAAGUUUGAUAUAUCUUGGGAGGCAUUCUUCAUGUUGUUUGAAGGGUGUGUCAUAGUGCUGAACAAUAUGCUGCUAGCUAGAGAAGAGGUUUUGGAAGACAGGUGGCCAUGCUACAUGCAGUGUUACAGGGCGCUUAUUACAUCGCUCUGUGAACGAGCGACGACGCACGCGCAACUUGAGAGGAGAAUCGAAGAAAAACUCGCAGAAAUGGCGCAUUCUAUUGAAAAAAUAUCCCAAUCAAUAAGCAAGCGUAAGAAACACGUGUCUCGUAUAGCGGCGUACACGGUAGCGGAUCUCUGCACAUCUUUAGAACGAAAUGCGCCAACUAAAAUGGUUCGGCAACAUCUAGAAAAUUCCGUCGCGUUACUCAUUCAAGCUUGCGACAGUACCUAUGCUAUGUCUUUCCUCAAACGUGGCUUGGUUGGCUACGUAGGACAAAUGACUAUGACCAAUUUGUACACUAUGUAUAAAAGAUACCAUAAAUAUAUGGGGAACUCUUAAAUAAAGUAGUUAUGUAGAUAUUGUAAUGUUAAUGUACCGAUAUAUUGCUAUGUUAGCUGGCUUGUUAUCCUUGUUUUUCUUUUAUUAGAAUGCAAC